UUACUAUUGUGUAAGCGCUCAGAUACCAAAUCGAACGAUUGAAAACAGCGCUUAUAAGCGUGAGCGCUUACAGCGCGUGAGCGUCCAAACCGAACGCACCCUAUAUAAUUAUAGCCGUUCUCUCAAGGCGGUCACCCAUCCUAGUACAGUACCGCGACCGUGACUUCGAUGAUCCAGUGAACAGUGGCAAUUUUUUGAUCCUGACGCUUCCUUAUUGACUGUACUUGUCUAUAAAAGAUAUUUAUCACGGUAACGAGAAAUAAGAUAUAACAGUGACAGCUACCAGGCUAAACACUAUUGUAAAACACAAUGCAACGGCUUGUGUUUAUUCUCUUGACGAAUUCAGCUGUAUUAUUCGGUGGUUGUACUCAAGAAUUUCAUGGUCGUAUAUUGCCUGCUUAUGCCGUUGCUUCCAAGGCAGAUAUUCUCAACUCAACAUGCGGAAAGGAGCUGAAAACAUUUCGAGAUGCUCUUAGUCAACGAACACUGUGGAGCUUGAAAGUAUUAGAUUCCAGUGGUAGCUUUAAACCGGGUUUCCUUUACGGAAAUAAUUAUUGGCUGGGCAGUCGUAGUCAGUGUCUUGAUACAAUGAAUACAGUUCCUCUGCAGAUCUCACAGCAGAAAGUAUUAAAUAACACGCAUUAUCGCGAUCCGCGAAAGGAAUUUCCACCUUUCCAAAUGAAUUAUUUUGUAGUUUAUUUUAAACACAACAGUCCUAUUCAAUAUCACAUAAAUUUAUUUGACGAGAAUGUGAUUACGCUCGGACUCUGUUUACCAGCAUCGUGCACUAUAAAUAAUUUGAGCUUCAUUUUGGAAAGAAUAUUUCGUGACAGAGUUAUCUUCGAUGAUCUCUACUCCGCUGAUUUUCAGCUAAUCCAGGUUAAAGAUCUAAAUGACGAUAAUAAAAAACUACCCAGUAGUGCGUUACGUUUUAUUUGUGUUGGCUUAGGGUUUUCCUUUCUCAUGACAGCAAUCGGAACGAUAUAUGAUGUAUUUGUGUACCAAAAACAUCUACAGAAAAAUGAGACGAAUAAAACUGGUAAUGGUACGGUAAAGGUGUCUAAGGAAGUGAAUUUGUUUUCAUAUCGGAAAAGUAAAAUUGGAGAAAUAUUAAUAUGUUUCUCCGUUUACACAAAUACGGGAAAGAUAUUUAGCACAAAGUUAGAUACCGGCACAAUACCCGUUAUUCACGGCUUAAAAUUUCUAAGCAUGUGUUCGAUAAUCAUCUUACAUAAUACAUAUUUUUCAUUGAAUUCUCUCGACAAUAAAGUAUGGUUGUUGAGAUUCACUGAAAGUUAUAAAUACUUAAGUGACAUUGGAUUCCUAGCAGUUGAUAUAUUUUUCCUUUCAAGCGGAUGUUUAAUGACUUAUAUGUAUUUAAUGCGAGAUAAAACGUACGAAAUAUUAAAGCCGAUUGAUUACGGAGAAAAAUUAAUUGAAUUCUUUAUUUAUGUAAUAAAAAGAUUUAUUCGGCUGACACCGGCUUACAUGAUGGUGUUAGCGAUAACGCAAUUAAGCUGGGCCUGGUUCGAUAAAACAUCGCAAUUUUACAUUUACGAAAAGUCGCACGAAACUUGUGCGAAAUAUUGGUGGAGAAAUAUUCUAUACAUAAAUAAUUUGUUUGAAGUGGAUGCAAUGUGCAUGAAUUGGAGUUGGUAUCUAGCUAAUGAUAUGCAAUUCUAUGUAAUCGCUACGGCACUGUUAAUUUUGUCCACUAUAUACUUUUAUGCCGCUGUUACGAUAUUGAGUGCACUUUUAAUAGGCUCAGUUAUCCUUAACGGUUAUAUUUCACACGUUUACGAAUAUGUCGCGACAUCUGAUGAAGAGAGACAUCUUGCAAAUAUCUUCUAUAUCUCACCAUGGAUGAGAAUGAAUCCAUAUAUCAUUGGGAUAAUUACGGGUUACAUUUUGAUAAAAUUAAAGAAUAAUCUUGUCUUAAAAGAGAAACAUAUAAUUUUGUGUUGGUGCCUGGCUAUUCUUUGCAAAGUAUUCGUAUUAUUUUUGUCGUACAAUCGACACAUAUCCGUUCUAGCUACUUCUAUUUAUGUAGCACUGAACAGAACACUUUGGGCCAUAUGUAUUGCAUGUAUUAUAAUAGCAUGUUCCACUAAACACGAAGGCAUCGUUAAUCGGUUACUCUCUUUCAAAGGCUGGAUUCCUCUUAGCAGGCUCACAUACUGCGCUUACCUUAUAAAUCCUGUCAUCAUACAAUCGAUUCAUUUAUACAGUGAAACGUCGAUUCAUUUUGAAUUUCUGCCCCGUUUUGUUAUGGCUGUGGGAUACAUUAUUAUCAGUUAUCUUUGCUCUUAUGCAUUAUCUGUGAUGGUCGAGAUGCCCUAUAAUUUGUUAAUGAAAAUGUUUAUCAAGUACCGCAAUAAGCCAUAUAGAAAGGAAAUGUAAUCUUGCAUACGAACAUAUAAAACGACGUACAUUUAAUGUCAUACAUACGUGCCAAUAGUUCUAGAACGGUUGAAUAAUAUAAACUACAAGAUCUGAUUAUUAAAUUGCGGUACAUAUCGCACUGAUAUUUAUGAAAAGUUAUACUUGAUUUUGAUGAAGCUUUCGGACAAAUUAAAUACUGUUGCAUUGACAUAAACUGUGUUAAAGAAACGAUGGCACAGCAAAGAUGAAUCAGAGUUUAAAAAUCCAUAAAAGUUCGAUCGAAUUCAUCAAUUAUAUGUAUAAUAUAUAUUUACGUCAUAUUUAUUUAUACUAGACGUCGCUUCGCGCGCGCUAUUUAGCUUUAUAUAUAGGUAACAUUACACUAUUUAUUAUACUAUUACUAUUACAAUGAGAUUGAGAAAGAGAGUUUGGGAAAAUGGAAUGAGAGACAAUGUUUCAUCAUUUUUGUCAUAAAAAUGCAACAAAUAUAUACAUUAUUUUUAAA